AAUAAAAAUAAAAAUAAAAAUAAAAAUAAAAACAAUCGUUAAUUGUGACAGUUGCAGAGAGAGUGGGAGAGCAAGAAGAUUGGUUUGUGGAUAGCAAAGGCAAAGAGCAAUGGCGUUGAGAAUAUCUUCUUCACCCUUUAUUCACUUUCACAACUCCAAUCAUUUAUCCUGUAGGAGCCUACCGGUGCAUGUUCAAAUCAGCUGUGCUAAUACAACUGGCAUCACGAAACAAACUAUAGACCAAAGAUUUCUGAAGCCCUGUGGUCUUGCUAAAGGUCUUAAAUCUCUUUCCAAGCCAAUAUCUGCUGUAGGUGCAGGGUUAGAGGCUUCUGUUACCGACACAUCCAAUUCAAUAUCUGUAAAAAAUGCCGAGAUAGUUCUGGAGUCUCAAGAGGACAACAUCUUACAACUAAGAGUCGACGUGCCUGGAGAGGACACACAGAUUGUUUUUGAUAAGGUUCUGGCAAAUUUGGCUCGUACAGCACCACCAGUUCCAGGCUUUCGUAGACAAAAAGGAGGAAAAACAUCACAGGUUCCAAAGAGUUUCCUACUACAGAUUAUUGGCGAAAAUCGUGUCACCAAAUUUGUAAUUCAAGAAAUAGUCAGCUCAACUUUGGCUGAUUAUGUGAAGAAGGAAAACUUAACAGUGAAGGAGAACAAGAUUAACACAACACAAACAGCAGAAGAGCUGAAAUCAGCAUUUUUUCCUGGUAAAGAGUUUGGAUUUAAUGCUAUAGUGGAGCUUGAAGUAGCAGAAACUGAAGCAAGUACUUUGGACUCCUCCUCCGUGGAGAUUGAAUCCUGAUUUCUUGAUUACCAACUGGAGUCACUAAUCAAACUAAGGGCAAUGUUGGUUCAGUUUGGUCAAGUGACUCGAAAAUUCAGAACCAAGUUACCAUGAGUCUAUGACACUUGCAGAAAAAUAGCAGCACCAAAUCUCAUUUUCUAGCAUAGAACUAACUGUAAAUCUUGAAAAAGGAGAUAUGAUUUUUAGUUGCUCCAUAUAUGAUAUGCUGACUCUGUCGAAC